AUGCCCAUGGUGGAUGCAAUGGAGGACCUUCAGAGAAAGGUGAUCCCACCCUCACGAUUUGUUUGUCCCAUCACCCUGGAAGUCAUGGUCCAUCCCGUUAGGGCACCCGGUGGCCGCUGCUUUGAGCGUUGGGCCAUCCUUGAGUGGCUCUACUUUGGCAAUGACUUGAAUGGUGGAACUCACCCGCUGACACGGAAACCUCUGUAUCCCCAAGACCUUAAAGAAGAGGAAGAGCUCCGGCAUGAAAUUGAAACCUGGAGACUCCAACAUGGAAUACCCAAGCCUCCGAGUCCAUACAAUCAAUACGACGACGACGAAACCGAAGAGGAUUUGAGCCAAUCUUCCCUGCUCUCGUGUACCCAGGAGCAAGCAGAGGAGCAUCCCACUUUGGCCGCCUCUCUGCAGAUCAUUGCACAAUCCUCAACCGAGGAAGGCUCUUGUGGUUACUAUUUGCUGCCGCCACGACUACUGAAAAUACGCAAUCGGAUACUGCAAUCGAGGGAUGCCAGGUGCCAAUUGCAGCAGGCCUCGAAUGCAGCGGAAUGAACAAAUGGUUGAGAGUCUCCUACUAGCUGGAUCUGACAAAAACUGUAACUACGAAUAGUGGAGGUGCGCUAUAGAUACCAGCAGCGCAACUUGCUUCAUAAUGCCUAAUUGUUCC